GCCGAGGUCAUACACGCGGAUCGAGCAAAUCAGGCGCAAAUCAGGGCAAAGGCGUUGCGUGUCGUGAAGGAGUAUAUUGCAGUGGCAUCGAAGUAGACUGUUUGUAAAUAGCAUUAGUACCUACUGCACACCAUCAACGUAGUGGCCUUUGACAUUGUGGCGGCGUCAGUCCAGCGUUUCCCGUGCUGUUUGUUUGUUUGUUGCGUGUGAGAGUUUUUGUGCGCGUGCUUAGCAGUUUUGUGCUCUGUAUGUGCCCGGAGUGUGAUAUGCAAGGAUGGCAGCAACCGUGCAACCCGUACCAACCCGCCAGCCGUCCCCAGCCGGUCUCCUGACCACGGUCGCCAGUUUGCCGCCCUCGUACAAGCUACAGUAUGGUGAGGUGGCCGGAAGGCCGGUGCCCGCCACCGGCGACAGUCCGUUGGAUUUGACCGUGCGCCAAGUGACGACGACGGUGGUGGUGGGUCCCAUCACACCCCCCGCCACACCUUCGCCGCUGAAGAAGCGGUACCGCGAGGACAAUCAGUUAAACGUGCCGGCGGUGAAGGAGGAACCACUGGCCAAGCGCGCCAAACCGGCCCCGGAGCCGCUCCAUAUCGACAUCAAGAAGGAGCUAGCCACACCGGCCAAAACGGCCAGCCCGAAGAGCGGCCAGCCCGAUGGACCACCGAAAAGUACGAAAAAUCCACCGGCCGCGCUGGCCCCGUCCAAGGAGCGGCGCGCCAAAGCCAUCCGGAAGCUGAAGUUCGACGAGGAAAACUCAUCGCCCGUGUCCGGCACGAUCAUCAUCUCGCUCGAGGAGGCACUGAGCGGCGAUACGCCGCGCGAAUCGGGCGACAUCGAUCCGCAGUUCAAUCUGGUCGAGGUGUCGGACGAGGUGCGGGCCGAGCUGGCCGCCAUCCCGAACGUGAUCGGCGGCUACAACUGCAAGCUGUGCCGGUUGGAGUUUGAGGAUGCGUUCGGGCUGGCGCAGCACCGCUGCUCCUGCAUCGUGCUGCUCGAGUACCGCUGUCCCGAGUGUGGCAAGCGGUUCAACUGCCCGGCGAACCUGGCGUCGCAUCGUCGCUGGCACAAACCGCGCGAUCAGGUCGGCAAGAAGGGAGGAGCGGCGGCGACGGCGGCAGCGACCCGUGCGGAACCGAGCAGCGAUUCGACCGACUCGGACGGCGGAGGAGCUCAGGCGGGCAAGUUCCGGUGCGUCCAGUGCGACAAAACGUUCAAACGGCCGGCCUACCUCAAGAAGCAUCAGCUAACGCACAGCAGACAGGCAGCCAGCAAGCAGGGCGGAAAGGGCGCGACCAAGCAGCAGCCCCGACCGGCAAGCCCGAGCCCGUCCACUGCCCAGUAUCGCAGCGAAGACUCGAACCAUUCCAACCACUCCAGCCAAUCGGUGGAAAGCGGCACAGCAACGUACACUGCUGACAGCAGACAGUCGCGAGUGGUGCCACAAGCGCCACCACCACUUGCCAUGUUCACCACGCUUGCCUCCGACGAUGGUGUUGGUGGUGGUGAGCAUGAGUUUGAGGUAGUAAACGCGGCCGGAUACUAUCAGGGACCGGCGACGGUGACGUUCGUGCGGGAGCGUGCCCCAUCGGUAGCGUCCUCGUCGGGCCGGGGCAGUGUGGCCCUCGACGACAGUGACUGUGAGGAGGAGCGUACGCUCGUCAUCAACGAGGACUACCGGGAGCACGUGCCGGAGCAGGAGGACGAGGACGAUGAGAUGGAGCGCCAGUACCGGUCGGCCUACUGCGAUCGUUUCACCGAGGAGGAAAACCUGGCCGCCGCAGCACUGGCCCGACUGCGCAACGGACCGUCCGUCAUUCGCCACACGACGGCACUGGUGGUGUAAAAGUACAUGUUGUUAGGAGCUUCUAUCAUAUUUACGAAGAAAGAAUGAAAGAAGGGAUUUAGUAAGCAGGAAAAAAACAGAAAACGUAUUUAAGGUGUGCGGCACCGAUACACAACUAAAGGAGCGCGCACACAUUGAAGGGUUACUAAACAAAUCAAACAUGUGAUAUUAGGUGAAUAAGAAAAAGAAAACUCUACAAACCCCAUUAUAUCAUUAACCACACACACAGCGCCGACGUGUUUGGACGUGC